AUGAGCGCCCAGACCAAGCCCUCCCUCUGGCUCCGUUGCGAGAAGAAGCCCUUCGAGCACCGCUCCGCCCUCACCCCCACCACCGCCAAGACCCUCCUUGACGCCGGCUUUGACAUUUACGUCGAGAAGGACCCCCAGCGUAUCUUUGACGACGAGGAGUUUGCCGCUGUCGGCUGCAAGGUUGUCGAGCACAACACCUGGCCCCAGGCCCCCACUGACAUCCCCAUCAUCGGCCUCAAGGAGCUCCCCGAGUCGACCGACCCCCUCCCCCACACCCACAUCCAGUUUGCCCACUGCUACAAGGAGCAGGGCGGCUGGAACGACGUUCUCCGUCGCUUCGCCCGCGGCAACGGCAAGCUCUACGACCUCGAGUUCCUCGAGGACCCCGAGACCCGCCGCCGUGUUGCCGCUUUCGGCUUCCACGCCGGUUUCGCUGGUGCCGCCGCCGGUGCUCUUGCCUACGCCAAGCAGCAGGAGGACGGCGGCAACGGUGUCCUCAAGGACCUCAAGCCCUACCCCAACGAGGACGCCAUGAUCUCGCACGUUCGUGGUGCCCUUGAGACUGUCAAGGGCGGUGUCGAGAACGUCAAGGUUCUUGUCAUUGGUGCCCUCGGCCGCUGCGGUUCGGGUGCCGUCGACCUCUUCCGCAAGGUCGGCAUCAAGGAGGACAACAUUAACAAGUGGGACAUGGCCGAGACCGCCAAGGGCGGCCCCUUCCAGGAGAUCCUCGAGGCCGACAUCUUUGUCAACUGCAUCUACCUCUCCAAGCCCAUCCCCAAGUUUGUGACCUCGGAGAGCAUUGCCGCUGCCGGUGACGCCCGCCGCCUCUCGGUUGUCGUCGACGUCUCGUGCGACACCACCAACCCCCACAACCCCAUCCCCAUCUACUCGAUCAACACCACCUUCCCCGAGCCCACCGUUGAGGUCGACACCAAGGGUGUUGGCCACCGCUGCACCGUCAUCUCGAUCGACCACCUCCCCACCCUUCUGCCCCGCGAGUCGUCGGAGCAGUUCUCCAAGGACCUCCUUCCCUCGCUCCUCCAGUUCCCCCAGCGCGACUCGGCCCUCGUCUGGGUCAACGCCGAGAAGCUCUUCCGCGAGAAGCUCGAGGAGGCCCGCGUCGAGGACGAGCGCCUCGGCGUCAAGGCUUAA